CGGCUGGCCUGCACAGGAGACGGGUAGUUUGUUUUUUGUUUAGGUCUUCUCAGAAGUGUGGCUUGUAAACAAAGAGAAGCCGGGGGACGAAGACAUUUCCGAGGAAGGCCAAAGAGUUAUGGCCUCGGUUAAAAAAGACAACAGGCUGACCGCGUCUCAGAGCUUUAUGUGCGCCGCUUUCGCUGGGCUCUUGAGUAAAACCGUCACCUCGGCCUUAGAGGUGGUAAAAAUUAAAAGUCAAGUGGGCACUUUUCACUGCAAGGGGGGGUUUUGGCAAAGUUUUCGUCUCAUUUACCAGAAUGAAGGAUUUCGAGGAUUUUGGAAAGGAAAUCUGGUCUCCUGCUUGCGGCUGUUCCCUUACACCGCGGUUCAUCUGACGACUUAUAAAAAGAUUGUCCACCUUCACAUGGACGAGUUGGGCUUCAUCUCUCAGUGGAGGGCGAUAUUUGCUGGUGGACUGGCUGGCGUUGCAGCUGCCCUCGCCACUUACCCUCUAGAGGUGGCAGAGACCAGACUCAUCACUCAGAACUGCAGAGAGCCCACGUACCGUGGCGUAUUUCACACUGUCACAAAGAUCUACAGGAUUGAAGGGCUUUUAACUCUCUACAGGGGCUUCUCCCUGACAGUGCUGGGUGCAUUUCCCUUUUCUCUUGGUUGCUUUGCAGUCUAUGUGAACUUGGACAAGCUCUGGCAGGAGUCUCCUUCUCGCUUCACUUCCCUCCAAAACUUCAUCAGUGGCUGUCUGGUAGUGGGAGUGGCUCAAAGCCUUUCCUAUCCAUUUGAAACUGUGAAACGGAAGAUGCAGGCCCAGAGUUCCUGUCUUCCACAUUGUGGUGGAGUUGACGUCCAUUUCACCGGAAUGAUUGACUGUUUCGUACAGGUGGCCAAAAACAAAGGUGUCCUCUCGUUUUGGAAUGGCUUUACUGCCAGCACAGUAAAGAUCGUUCCCUACUUUGGCCUUCUUUUCAUCUGCUUUGAGAUGUGUAAGCAGGUUUGCCUUUACCGGAAUGGGUACAUCAUCUCACCUCUGAGCUGUAAGCCUGCACCAGGCGUCGACCAGAGCCUGGGGCCGCAGGAGCUGCAAGAGCUGAAACGUUACUUGAAUAACAGGAACUUUGAGUCGGGGGAAUCAUCCCUAGGAAACCGCUGGUGAAACUUCACGUAAGGUAUUUUGUGACAAAUACUGACUGCUGACCACACUGGGGUCACAAGAUAAGUCAGAAACAUUUAAUGGACUGAUGCUGUUUGGAAUUAUUACAUAUCAUUGUUAUUCAGGUUUGAUGUUGUUGAAAGAAUUAUCAUAAAAUUACAGCCUGUCUGGCCAACAGUGGACUACCUCAUUAAAGAAGUCCUAGUCCGAUUAUAGGCUCUGAUGUCUUUUGGUGCCGGUGCUUAUCUCCAGAUUCUGUAGCAUGAAGCAGCCGAGAGUCUAUGACUCCCCCUGGACAGGACGUCAGUCCUACACAGGUACUUCUCCAGCCAAACCCAGGGCUGGGAAUCUAACCCGGAUCUACAUAAUGUAUUGGUAGCUCAACUCCUUAUCCCACUGAGCUACCCCAUUGCUUCUUUUUCUGACAGUAUUAUGAGGUACUCAUCCACCCACAGUGCAUUUCCAUGAAUGCGUUUUUAAAAUCUAAAACUACACUAUGUGCCUUGACCAUUAAAUAAUUUUUUCUCUUAUUUCAGUUAUUGUAUAUUUGUUGUAGUGCCAUUAGUGUAGCAUAAGCACAUAAUGAUAUGCGUUCUUUCAUCUUUGGCAUUCUGGCCUUGUUAUGCUGAAUAAUUCAUAUUGCUUCAUAACAAUUUCAGUAGUUUUGUACAUUUAUUAAACUGUUGAAUAGUGCUUACAUUAAAAUAUUACGUAACACAUAUGCACAUUUUUCAGCAUCUUGGCCUUUUUCUUAUACAUCUUGAAUGUAAAAAAUAAAAUAAUAAAAAAACCUAAUUGAAAUUAAAAUUUGAGCCCA